AUGGGGACCGUGGAGGAAACUUUGAAGUGUCCCGUCUGCCAGGAUUUCUUCACAGAGCCUGUGACGCUCCAGUGCGGACAUGGCUUCUGCCUCACCUGCAUCCAGGCCGUCUGGGAAACAGAUGUGUCUAGCGAGGGGCCUUUUUUCUGCCCAGAGUGUCAGAUAUUUCUACCCUCCAACAUCACUCUGGAGAUAAACACUGACCUUCAAAGCAGAGUAAAUGACUUCACUUCUAACAGGUCGUCAGCACCGUCAGAGGAACAGAGAACAAAUCCGAGUAGUGCGGCCAAGCCACCUUCUACCAUCCGCUGCGAUCAUUGCAUAGAGACGCCAUCGGUGGCCGUAAGGACCUGUCUGACCUGCGACGCCUCGCUGUGCCAGGCUCACGCCCUGCUGCACCAGCGGAGAUCUGCUCUGAGGGAGCACACGGUGGUGGAGGUUAUCAGGGAUCCACUGUCUCUGAAGUGCAGGGAGCAUCGUGAUGAGCUCAAGCUCUUCUGCAUGGAGGAAAAGGUCCCUGUGUGCUGUUUGUGUGUCCUGGUUGGCACGCACAAGCACCACAAGGCAUCUCAGCUCCAUGAAGCCAGUGCAGAAUUCAAAAGUAUGCUGGAGACCACCAUGAGCAAGCUGCUGAAGAGGAGAAGUGAAGCGGAACAUGUCAUCGAGGACUUGGAGUCUCUGUACACAGAAACAGUGAAGUCUGCCGCAGAUUUCAGAGAGCGAAUCUCAGACAAGUACAGCAGAAUCCGCGUGGUGCUCGACGGUGAUGAGCGUCUGAUGAUGCAGAUCAUAGAUGCAGAGGAGGCCUGCAUGACCGAGUGGCUGGAUGCCCAGAGGAGCAUCAUGGAGGCUCAGAUAAAAGAGAUAGACGGACUGAGAGCCUCCAGAAAAUCACUGCUGCAGGAAACGAAUGACCUGCGAUUCCUACAGCAAAUCACAUCACAGAAUCUUUGUGAUCCUUUGGAUUUUGCAACAGUCCAGGAUGUUGACAGGGUCCUGUGUGAUCCUGAGAAGCUGCGGACAGUGGAAAGGCUGGUGGAUGACCUUUGUGUAACUCUGUCCCAACACUUUCCACGAACGUGGUCAUAUCUAAGUUCUCCUACUUUGGACUCCAAAACAGCCCAUCCAAAAUUGGAAAUAACUCAAGACGGAAAACAAGUGUACUGGAGACGCCAACCUGACAGCAAAGGGGCGAGCCCUCAACCGUACGACUCCCAGUACAGUGUUCUGGCUCAAGAGAGUUUUACAAAUGGUCAGCACUACUGGGAAGUCAUUGUCCAGGACAAACCCUUCUGGAUGAUAGGUGUAACCACUGGUUCGUUCGACGAAAAAAGUAAUCUGGGUAAGACUUCCUCCAACCUGGGCGUGAACAACACAUCGUGGUGCAUCUACCACGGAGAUGGAAAGUAUCUGGCAUGCCACGACACACAGGAGAAGCAGCUGCCCGUGGCAAAGAGAGUCAGAAAGCUGGGCAUACACGCAAAUCUCCAGAAGGGGGAGCUGUCAUUCUACGAUUCCGAUGCCAUGACCCUGCUUCACUCUUUCUGUGUACAGUGCACAAAGCCCCUCUACCCCAUGUUUAACCCUUGCAUUGACAUGAAUGGAGUGAAUAGGCAGCCUCUUACGUUGUUUUGGAUUCAGGACCCGUGGGACUGGAAUGCAGGUGGAAGUAAAGAGUGAAAUCACAAGACAACUGCAAAAAAAAUCAAUUUUUGCAUGAAAUUACAGGAUGGGAAAGUGCUUUAAAAGAUGUUUGCUUGUCAAAAUUGCAUGAAAAUCAUCAGUUUUCAUGUCAGGAAUUGUUCCAGAUACGAUGGAAGCUAUGAUAAGGCACUAUACCAACAGUACCUCUGUGAUAUGGUGUUAUGAUUAUAUUACUAUUAAUGCUAUUGUAGUGCUAUAAUCCUGUAGAAACCUGUCAGUUAAGAAAAGCAUUUAAUAAUUUGUAUGUUACCUUUUCAGUGUCUGCAGUUGUCAUGCACAGUAAUUGGCUGCAAUUUUAUUCUAUAUUAAGGUCUAUCUGUUUGUUCUGCAGCUCAGCAGCUCUCUUGUUUGACUUGACGUAGUUCGGGGAGGUAAUGACCCAUGUGUAAACUACGGGCUCGCUCUUUGUGCAACUGUCCCUUGGGCUCACCGGACCAUGUAGGACAUGUACGCCUUCAGUCUCACAUGUCAGUGGCCCCACAGAGCCGUUGCCCUGCAGCAAACUAUACACCCAGUGAGGUCGAAUAGCACGAGCUGUAACAUCAUUGUACUCCUGAAAGAGGAGAACUAACUCUCUGAUUUACAAUUAUCUUUGCAACAUGCUUUUUCCUUCUGCGCGGAGAAAAUAGAACUUUUAUCAGUAACACUUGCCGUGUACUUGUUAAUUAAAGUCAUGUUGAUAAAAACUGAGAAAGAUGAAGCUUUUAUCAGUGUAAAUAUCCACAUUUGACCAAUUUCCCAAUAAAAUAUCUUUAUUGUUAACUGCUGUCAUUUGCUUACAUUCAUCAGAGACAUAACCACAACAGACUGUACUUGGUUAAUAAGAAAAAUUCAACACCUUUCCCCUCUCCCUGGUUGCAUCAUUUUAAAUUCACUGAGUCUUCCCCUUUUACUCAGAGGCAUUAUUUCUAUUAUGAUAAGAGAAUAUGAUUCUCAAUGCAGUAUUUUGCUCUGUUGGCCAGAAUACAUAAAAUUAUAUAAUAAUUACAUUUUUGGAAAGCUCACAUUAAAUUGAAACAGAU